AUGUCCGGAAAUAGUCAGUCACCUGCUUCGGGAAAGUAUCUUGACAGUGUCAAAGAAUCCUCGCGUAGGAUAUGUCAGAAGGAGGGCAUCAAGAUCGACGAGGCUGCGAUUGAACGCCUUUUGGGCUCGCCAGCCUUCUUGGAGUCUUUCGAUAGACUUUCAUCGUUUCCUGGUCUCGCACUGCCCUUAAACUUUGCCUCCGCCCUCGAUGAACUCAACGUCUUAUCGAUCCUCGCCCUCCUCAACUUUGGGUCCUCCUUCGAAACUACCCUCCGCGCUCAGAUGGGACAUGGUGCCUCCAAUGCCGCCAAAGCCUUGAUCUUCUCAAUGUACAUUGCGUCCAACAGUACGGAGGGAGAUUACCUCUCUGCUAAAGGCAUGGCGGAACUGUCGCAUGCAAAAGUCGCCGAUUUGAUGGGCGUCGAUGUCAUGGUGGAGAAGCCACAUCCUCAAAUGCAUGGUGUAACAGUUGGUGAGCUGGGAGGGGAGAUGUUCGAGUUCGUUAAGAGUAUCACUGGUGUGCUGAAUGAAACUGGGAGAAAGUUGAUGGGGAUGGGGUACCGCAAUCUUGGGUUCCUGGUCGUAGAAGCGUUGAAGGGUGGUGAGAGGGAAGCUGGCUCCAAAGGUGUACCGGAGGCGUUUGCAGAUUUGGUGAUAGAGAAGAUAACUGGUGCGAUCCCAGCGUUCCGCGACAGCGCAGCCGUCGACGGCGAAGGCACGCUUCUAUUUUCUCCUGUGUUAUCUCAUCAAUUCCCUGACUCGUUCUUCCGAAACAACAGAUAUAUUUAUCUUCAACAAGGCCUUGUUCCUGCUCAACGCGAUAUCGGUACGGUUUGGGUCGAUCUCACCACCGCCUUUCCCGAUUCCCUCGAGGCACUGCAGCCAACGACGGCAACAGAAGAAAAGAGGGAAAGUCUGCUGGAGACCAAGGCUCAAGUGGGCUCACCGACAGGGACAAAAGGAAACAAGGGUGCGGAGACGAGCGAAUCAGAGUCUCCAAGUCCUAGGGUAAGUGGACUCGUGGUGACGAAGGAUCAGGCAUAUCUGUUGCGUGCUGCCGCUGUUGCUGCAGUCGAUGCCUUCCCGCGCGUUGCAUCGCAGCUGUCGUCAGACACGGACAAGAAGACGAAGGAGGUCCAGAAUGUCUCGGUUGGACGAAUCAAUUCUUGGUUGGCAGCCAUCGCAAAGGAUCGACCUGAUUACCGGGAUUUGCCUACCUUGGUGUACCGAGAAACAACCGCAUUUUAG